AACCAAUCAAAAUUAAGAAAGCCUAAGGAGAUGCCAGUGAAUAUGGCGACGACACCGAGAGCAAUUUGACAGCUUUAUUUGUUAUUUUAUCUGGAUCAAGAGCUCACUUCCUUGAAAAUGCUGGUUGCUUCCUGAAGAAUUAACGAUGUAAAGAUGAAGAUAGAUUUGAAAUAAGUUCUCAUGUGUCGGGGAUUUAUAAAGACCAGAACUCUGAAAAAAAGACAGAUUUGAGAGGAAUUCAGAGUCAUUGCUGGUGAUGUGGUGGAUUGGGUGCUCGCUUUGCAACCGAGGGGAAACCUAAGACAUAUAUAACAUUUAGUAGUAGUAACUUUUCCUCUGCCAAUAACCAUGCAACAUUAGUAGUGAAAACCUUUUGGAUGUGACCUUAAAAACGGAGGUCCCGUGUCGCAGUAGACAUUGGCAUGUUAAAAAACCCUGACUGCUACAACCGUGUUGAUACCCUGCACCCAAAAAGGCCAUAAAGUGUUCAACUCGGGGAAAAAAACAGUGGAUCUUGACUUGCACAUAAUCGUGGUGGUAUUGAUGCCAGCCAUUUAUUUUCAAAUUACCAGGACUUGAAGUUGAUGGACAAGAAACCAACCAUGAAGUCUGUGGUGACACGACAGCUUCCUGUCCAGUCCAGCAACAGUGAUGUGAUCAAGUCAGGGGAAGCAACUGCAAAAGUGGUCUCAGGAAAAUCUGAAGUGAAAAGUAAGAUAGCAAGCAAGAAUGAAGCUGUAACUCCAAAGGCGCAAGUAAAGGAGGAGAAACGCAGACGAAUCACAGUGGGACGGCUGGAGGUUAACAAACCUGUGAAGCCAGACACUAAGCCCAGUGGUGGAAAUUCGCCCAUAUUCGAUGUAGUGCCAUCUCUUAAAUGUGGAGCUCAGAAGCCAGAUGAAGUCGGGAUUAAGGAAGAAAACAGUACAGAGAUUGAGAAUGACUCGGAAAAAGAGAAGAAUUCUGCCUCAGUUUCAUUUUCCUUCAAGAAAACGGGGAGCAAGGUGGGAUCUUCUGCAGCUUUUCCCGAGGAGAAGGAGGAGGAAGCUAAUGGAAAAGAUCUUCAGAACCAUGACAACACACCAUCUCCAACAGAACUGGCAAAGCCAGAGGAGGAUCUCAAAGAACCAAGUACAUUCAAGCCAGUGUUGAUGGAAACCUUCUUGAAAGUCAUGAGCAAGGAUGAAACCACUGAAUUGGAUUGGCCAUCUGAAAUGGUGAAAUCGACCACUACAGAGCCCAGUGUUAGUUACAGCUGUAACCCCCUUAGCUUUGACUUUAGUGAGUUAUUGUCAGGAAAACCAGCAAAACAAGAAAAAUUUAAAAAUGACAUCACAGCUCUACAGGUCAUCAAGACAGAGUCUGUGGUGGAUGAGAAGGGUGAUGGAGAGAAAGUGGAAGUGGAUGAGAAGGAGGAGAAAGAGGAGGAAAUGGAGAAAGAUGUGAAAGAAGAAUCUUCCAGACACAGCCACACCAAGCACAAGAAAAAGCGGAAGAAAAAGAAAAGCAAGCGCCAUACUGAAUCCAAAGAAAGCAUUCAGGAUGGAGAAGAAAAAGAAUCUGGUGGUAAAGAAGAUGGGAAGAAGUCCAAGAAGAAAAAGAAGAAGAAGAAGAAGCACAAGAGCUCAAAAGACCAGGAAGAGAAAGCAGAGGGAAAGAGCAAAAAUGACAAAAAGACUGAUGAGGCAGAAACUAACGACAAAGGCCAUGAUUCUGAGGCUGAAGUAGGUGAUGUGGAGGACAGUAUUGAUUCGGAUGGGGAAGACAGUAAAAGCAAAAAGCCAAAGCACAAAAAGAGAAAGAAAAGCAAGAAGUCGAAAAAGAGGAAAAAGAAGGGGCAUCAUGAUGAUGUACAUGUGAGUGAUAAAGAGAAAGUAAAGAAGGCAAAAGAAGAAAUUGAUUCAUCUGACGAUGAGAAAAAAGCAGAGCCUGAGAAACCAAGGACGUCAAAACGUAAAGGAAGUACCAAACCUAGUAGUAGUGAUGAAGACAAUGCAGAGAAGAAAACAAGUAAAGAGGCGCAGAAACUUAAUAACGACAAGAAACGUAAACACGAGGCAGACGAAAAGACAUCAGAUGAGGAAUCUCCAGUCAAAAACAAAAAACUCUCUCCAUUGGACAAGACUAAAACUUCACCAGCUGCUGCGAAAGAAGUAGUAGCAGCUAAAAAAGUAAAAAAAGAUUCCGGGAGUGGCUCCGAGAGGAAAAACACUUCUUCUCUGAGGAAGCGUCAAACCAGUGAAUCAAGCUGUAAUGCAACACCAGUGAUCGUUAAAAAGCAAAAAGUGACUCCAAGACAAGUCCCAGAACAGGACAUUGUAACAGAAGAUACUUGGAGCAAAAUGGAGAACAUUUAUGAAGCAAAGGUACCUACUAACCCAAAAUCCAAGUGGGACACAAGUGAAAGUGAAACUGAGAAAGAGGAAAAGGUGGCAGAGAAGAAAAAAUUACUGCAGAACAAAAUAGUGAAUAAGACAAAGCAGAGUGUGAAUAAUACUGUGAAGAAGACAACUGCUCCAAAAAGGAAAUCCAGAAAAACUCAAAAGAAAAAGAGAUCAAGAAGCAGGUAUUCUAGUAUGGAUUCACGGAGCAGAUCCAGAAGUCACAGCCAUUCAAGCAGAAGUCACAGAUCAUCUUCUGGAAGUUACUCAAGGUCAAGAAGUAGAAGCAGACGGUCAUAUAGUACAUCGUCGUAUGACUCCAGACACUCUAGGUCCUACUCAAGGUCACGAACAAGGUCAAGAUCAAGACGGCGGCACCGUUCCACUUCAUACAGUAGUUACUCUGAUUACAGUAGAUCGAGAUCUCGCUCAUCCAGGUCAUAUUCAAGUUCACGCUCGCGGUCAAGAUCCAGAUCGUAUAGAUCAUACACAAGAAGCAGAAGUAGAAGUUCUAGCUAUUCAAGGUCCCGAUCAAGGUCAUACAGACGUUCAUCAAGGACCCGGCAUCGUUCUCGCACAUACAGUCAUUCAUCACGGCAUUCCCAUUCAUCUGAUGAGAGUCCCAAAAAGCAUUACAGAAUACGCAGUAGUGACAUAGAGAAAGCCAAACAAGAGGAUCCUCUGGAUAUUCCCUUGCCAAACUUUAAUAAUGAAGAAAAACCGGCAGAAAAUCUUGUUAAGAAAAUUCAGGACAAAAGGCAACAACACUCUAAUUUAGUGAAAAAAGGAAUUGAAGCCAGUAAGCAAGCUGAGAAGGAAAACAAAAAUGCUCCAGAGGGCACUGAUUUUAAUGACAUUCCUUUGCCGACUGCAGAGUCCACAAAAACACCUACAGCAUCAUCUGCACAACAACAACAACCACCACCUCCUCCUCCAACACAGCAGCAGGAAAUAGGGCCCUAUGGCAUGCCUAUUCCUCAGUAUGGAAUGCCUUAUGGACCUCAUGAUAGAAUGCAUGGACCAAUGCAUCCCAACAUGAGGUACCCACCACCUCAUGACAUGAGAUAUGGACCUCCUCGUAUGGGACCCAUGGGACCUUACGGACCAAGAAGACCACCACUUCAUGACAUGAGGUAUGGGCCACCAAGGAUGGGCCCAAUGCAUGAUGGAUACCAUGGACCACGGUAUCCACCAAUGAGACCACCUCCUGGCUAUGGUCAUCCUCCACUUCCACCACCAAAGUCAUCCACACCACCUCCUCCAGAACCACCAAAAGAGGAAGAAAAGCCAGUGGAAGAAAUUGCUCCCAAUCCGUCCAUUGUUAUACCUCCCGAGCAAGCGGAGCAGUAUAAACGUCUGCAGGAACAGGCUCAGAAACAUGCCAACAAGCAAAUGAGGAGGCAGAAGAAACUGGAGGCAGGUGAACCUUUCAGUGAAUCUUCAGAGUCAGAGGAAGAAGAACCGAAAAAAGAGGAGGAGGAAUUGGAUGGAUCUGAAGAAGCAAUGUCAGAAGAACUUGGACAGAAUUUGAUGGCUAUACCUUCACCAUCUUUAUCACUUGCUCAACCAACAAUUCUUAUAGCACAACCACAAAUGUCAGGUGUUGGAGGACUAACACUGGCCCCACAGCUGAUCCAGACUGGGCACCCUCAACAGUUUCUGGUACCACAGGGUAUGACAAUUGGACAGAAUGCCUUGGGACAGACUAUAGCCAUUUCUCAGCCAUCUGGUUUAGGUCUUUCACAAGGUGGUCAUCCUUUGUUUUCUGGGGCGCCCAUGUUUGCCCAUCCGGCAGGUUCAACAGCUGUAACAGCUCUCGCCGCCGCUGCUGCAGCAGGUGCCCAGCCUGCCCACUUGCCCUCUGCUUUGACAGCACAGAUGCCCCUUGGAGGACUUCACCUUGGGCUUGCUCAACCAACACUCAUGCAGCAUCCUUUGUUAGCCCAGCAGCAACUAGCUGCUCAGCUACAUGCAGCACCCCACAUGUUUCACGGAGGAUUGCAGCCCACAGCAGGACCAAUGAUCGUAGGAAACCGGCUAUUGCUGCCUAGUAUAGUGCGACAGUGAUAAGAAUUGACUUAUUCUCAGUGCCAAUAUUGUAAUAUGGAACACAACUUUGUGCUUUACAUCAUGGCUUUGACAUUGAACCCAUUUAUGCAAUUUGUUGUGAAUGAGAGUUGAUAUGAGUGAAAAAUCAUUUAAGUUCAUGCCUAGUCAGAUAAUUUUAUGCAACUCAAACAUGGGAAUAUGAUUUUAUUAUGUGAUUAGUUAUGUGUUUUAUAAGAAAAAAUCAUAUCAGUUUAAUAUUGUGGUAUUUUGGUGACUUGAAUAUUUUUUUGCGGGUUUCCAGACAGUGCUACGAUUUUAAUGUACAUACAACUGUAUUUAUAUAGAGUCAAGUGAAGGAGUUUUGCUGCUGAGUUAUAAAUCAGAAAAUGACUUAUAAAUCAGAUAAUCUACCGUUUAGCAGCUAUAUUGUGAAGGGUCUUCAGAAUUUCUAAAAUAGGAAUGUUCAUCCAUUGUUUAUUUGCAAGCUUGUUAAGUAUAUUCGAAUAACUAAUAUGCCAAAUUAAAAUUUUGUCAGAACCAUAGUUUGACAGCCGUUGUUUCUUGCACAAUGUGUUCAUGGAAAUUUUUUUUAGUUUUGGAGACGUUUGCAUAUGCGAUAACUUAAUUAUUUUUAAUGAAGCAUGAACUUUGAUUUUCUUUUUGUUAAUGCAUUGUUACAACAUACAUGUUGCUCAAAGCAAGAGAAAAGUGGAAUAAAACUUAAACAGUAA